AGGGAAGAUCCAAACGACAGGUGGUGCCAAAACUCAUGAUUUGAGUGUCGAAUCCAGUAAGUCACUCAUAAACGAACCCAAGCACAAUGUGGACGUCCAAACUCACAUUGAUUUUGGUUUGGGCUCUGAUAGUCAUCUUGAACAAUUUUGUUUCUGCUGCAAACGAAACUUCACAAUCCGCCCGUGAAGGAAAAAUCCUGAGUCUGUUCAGCAUUGUACAGUUCCGAAAUUCGCCAUGUCGAAGCACCAGCAUCUUGACCAAGGGAAAUGGUGGAAACCGAAAUGGAACAUGCUUCACCACAGCUGAAUGUAGUGAAAGAGGAGGAUUUGCUUCCGGAACUUGUGCCUCAGGGUUUGGGGUUUGCUGCUUAUUCCUUGUGGACACUUCCGGAGGUUCGACCAAUACAAAUUGUUCAUACAUUCGCAAUCCAGGAUUUCCGAGUGCCGUGGCUGACGAAACAGCAGUGACUUACACAAUAUCCAAAUGCUCGUGCAAUGUUUGUUACUUGAGAUUGGACUUUGAGUGCUUCACCAUCCUGGGAGCAGGCCAGACGGACGAAUUGGACAUGGGAGGCGAUUGUACGGACCAAUUUACCAUUGGAACCGUCACCAACGAUAACUUGCCCGUGAUUUGUGGCCAAAAUACCGGACAACAUAUGUAUGUUGAUAUGGGAACUGGAUGCGGGAACGUGGUGGCGUUGAACUUCGCCUUCAACGGAGCCUCCAAUGAGCGUCUGUGGGAAAUUAAAGCCACUCAAAUUCCAUGUGGAUCAGACUACACUCCGCCAGAUGGAUGCCUCCAGUACCACACCGAGCUCGAUGGACGGUUUACGACCUUUAACUUCUUGCCCACCAACGACAAUCACUUGGCCCAACAACAGUAUUCAAUCUGCAUCCGACAAGAGGAAGGCUUUUGCUGCAUUCAAUACAUGGUCUGCAAUGACGUGGCCGAGACCGGCAUGACCUUGAAUACAAAAGCAAUGGAAAUACCUAUGAUGGGAUUUACCGACACCUAUUGUUCCAUGGAUUACGUGGGAAUUGCGGGAUCGGGCGGGGUUUGCAACACAGCUCCUGGUGGGGCACUCGUGAGUCGAUACUGCGGAACAAAGCUGAACUUUGUAGACAUGUCCAAAGAACAUGCUCCUAUUUGUGAUUGUACUGCUCCGUUUGCGGUGGAAAUUCGAACUGACGGUAUUUCGGAUGUUGUGGGAGAUACCGCCAAUACGGCCAAAAGUAGAGGUAUCUGCCUGGAGUAUACGCAAAUCCCAUGUUGAUCCAUGAUUUAUAGUUAAAUAAUCACUCAGAUGUAUUUGCACACCUAUAUGGUAUAUAUGAAUAUUUAGAUGUGUUUAUUUUCUUAAUAAAACCUGCAGUAACCAGCGACACAAGCAGAAUCAUCGUUGGUCCUGUCUCAAGUACUCAUAUGAUUGAGUUGGAUCACGGUGUUGUUCAGCUUGUAGAUGAGGGG